UUCAGUUACCAUAACAACCUGAAUCAAACAACAUUCUCGAAAACAACUCACAAGAAAACAACAAACGACACCAUUCUCGCUAUUGACUCCACAAACAGGUGCAGCACUUGCUAUUAGGGUUAGUCGGUCGCACGAGCCCUGUCCCGCGCUCUCCCGGAAGAGGGAGACAGAGCGUCGGGGAAUCAGGCGCGAUACGCCUGUGUCUGCAGCCGCACGAGCAUCCCAUCCCUCUCUCUCCAUCCAUGUAGAGGCGCGUGGCAGGUCCCGAGCAGAAUUCGCGAUGUCUCCCGCGGCAGCACGGAGUCUUCUCGCGCUCUACGUCGUACUUAGUGCCGUAUGUCCUCUAUUACCAGCCAGCAAGCCCCUGCAGCCCCGUAACGUAAAGUUGACCAAGGUGGACAAGGGCCUGCAGGUCACAUGGGACCCUCCCAACCAAUUAGACGGCAGGCCAGUGGAGCGCUACAACAUCGGCUACGGCAAGUCCAUGAGGACACUGCGCUUCAUCACCGUGGACAAGGACCAGCGCUCUGAGAUCCUGGAGGACGUGGAGCCUGGAGUUCUGCACUUUCUCAAGAUGAGUGCAGAGAACGAGGAUGGGCUCAGCAAGCCAGUCUACAGGGCAGAGAUUCCAGGAGGCCCUGAGUUUGUCAAACUGGAUGGGUUUGCCGUAGAGAGCACGACUCCUAGGAACUCCUCCACAGGGAGGUUUGGGGGCCCACGCUCAUCCCCCCAGAGGUCUCAGAAGCCCCUCAGGGCCCCCCAGUCAUCGUCGGGGCCACGGCAGCCGGUCCGCGCUCAAGAGCAGCCGUCUUCCCAGGCGGUGACCAGCCACAGGGUGGACAUCUCACAGCCACAGGCCGACCAGCGCAACCAGCACAAGCCCAAACUCGCGUCUGAGUCCGUCUAUGUGGUAUCACUGCAGGCACAGAGAGCUUUGGGGAGAAGCGCACCCGUCAAUAAGGCCGUUGUGCACAAAAAACACACACCAGAGCCGGUGGAGGUGGACGAAGCAGAGGACAUCACGGUCAGGGUCAUGUCCCCACAGUCUGUCCUCAUCACCUGGGUGGACCCGCUCAUCGAGAAGAAGAAGAAAACUGUCCCCGAGGGAUCAAGGCAGUACACAGUGAGGUACCGAGAGAAAGGCGAGUCUGCCCGCUGGGAGUAUAAGGACUCGAGCCAGAGGCGUCUGAUGGUGGAGACCCUGUCUGCAGACGGCAUGUACGAGUUCUCUGUGCGCAUCUCAGAGCAGGACAGACACGGAAAGUGGAGCACAUCGGUCUUUCAGAGGACACCAGAGUCAGCUCCCUCCGGACCUCCAGAGAACUUCCAGGUGAAGCCACUGAGGGGGAAGGGGACCGCCGUCACGGCAACCUGGGACCCUCCAGAGGAGCCCAAUGGAAGGCUACGAGAGUACAUCAUGUCCUACGCCCCCGCGCUGAAGCCCUUCGGAGCCAAGUCCAUCUCGUACCGCAGCAGCACCACCUCCACUACCGUGGACGGCCUGCAGCCCGGCGAGCGCUACAUCUUCAAGAUCCGCGCCGUCAACCGCAGGGGCCAGGGGCCACAGACUAAAGCCUUCAGCGUGGUUAUGCCAACCAGUACUUCUGCCUCAUCACCCAGUCAUCACCUCAGGACCACAGACAGACACAAGCCCAGCAGAGGGGAGUCACGGACGUCAGAGGACGACUACAACGACACCGACACCGACCUGCAGGAGCCGACAACGGUGACCGCCGAGCCUCGGCGAGAGUCGACAACCGCCGCCCCCGCCAGUCGACGCACGCGGCCGCUCUCUGAGACCAGAUCCUACCACAGCGUCUUCUCCGCCAGGGGCUCGUCGCGGGGCGCAGGCGCAAGCCGAUCCAGAGGCCGGGAGAGAGAGAAAGAGAAGAAGGAGGAGGAGGAGGAAAAACCUAUCGACCCUCCGAAGGAGGAAGAGGAGGCGACGAAACAGACGGAGGAGGAGAAGAGGAAACAGACGGAGGAGGAGAAGAGGAAACACACAGACACUGACGCACAUGGCCACAAAACGGCCUCUAAAGCAGACGAGCACCAUGACUACAGCAAAGCGUCGUUGGGGUCAUCCAGUAAGGUGUCCGUGGGGUCAUCUGCUGACAGGCCCACGCCUCCCUCAGAGACUCCAGCUAAAGAACCUGAGCGCGGUCGCUCCUCCCCCUCCCACCCUCACUCCUCCACACACCAGACUUCUGGCGCCGGCCAGCCCAGGAGGCCGCUCACACGCAACCCUGUGGUCAGGUCCAGGGUCCGCAACGGGGGCUCCUCCUCUCCAUCGUCGUCGUCACGGUCAUCUCCGUCUGCCCCAAAGGAGUCUGGGGUCGCAGUGAGGGACAGCAGCAGGGGUGGACAGCAAGACAGGAAGGGCACACCCACCAGCGAUACAGAGAUUAGACCAGAGGCGGACACAUCAUCAUCGUCAUCAUCUUCAUCAUCACCGUCAUCAUCGUCGUCGUCACCAUCAUCAUCACCAUCAUCAUCACCAUCAUCAUCAUCUCCUCCUCUCUCCUCUGACUCCUCCCCCUCUUCUCCUGAUUCAUCUUCUGGUUCUUCAUCAUCAUCUACCUCUUCUUCAGCAUCAGGGUCAGGUCAGUCCGGGAACAGUAGGACCUCCUCCUCCUCUACCACGGGUCGCUUCACCGGCUCUGGUUCUGUAAUGAUUAACGGUAGAAAGGUCACCCUGCCCUCCAGAUGGAAUCGGCUCAUGACAGGCCAGCGCAAACCGGGCUCAGGGUUCACAUCCACCUCCACUGGGUCUGGGUCCACAUCGCAGACACAGAACCAGAAUCAGAACAAAGAGAGUGCCCCCCCCUCUCCGAGCAUCCAGGAUACAAUAGGUCCCCAGGAGAGCAACAGGGAAAGUCAGCCAAGUACACGGAGGCAGACGACCAAGGACGAGGAGCCAACGACCAGUUAUGAAACCAGCAGCUCGCAUUCCUCUGUGGCGAAGAAAGAUGGCGCUGACGAAACAAAGAGAGCUGAGGAGGAGGGUAAGCAGGGGAGCAGUCCUCACUCCUCCUCACGCCAGUCUCCGUCGCUUACCCCCUCCCACUCCGGGCGGGGCGCAUCUUCGGCAUUGCCGAGUCAGAAUGCCAGACCGGGAGUCGUGCAGCGUUUCCCGCCCAGGCAGGAUGGCAGGAUUCCAUGGAGCAGAACAAGCUCCUCAUCCGUGGGGAACCGGAGGCCAGUUCUAAGAGCAAACACCCCUCGUUUAGAUGUUUCCGAGACCCCGGAGAGGGGUGAUAAAACUAGAACAGCCUCUUCGUCAUACCCCUCAAAGCACAAAUUGGACGAUACCUCCCCCAAACCUUCGGUGCUUAACAGGGACAGAGUUUCCACAGGCUCUCGCCCACAUUCUAGCACAAGGACAGACUCACACACUCCCAAACAGAGCUCACAGAUUGAUAAUGACCAUGAAGACGACUACGAUUAUGAGGACUAUGAUAAGUAUGACAAGGUGGCUGAGCCGACAGCAGCAUUCAAAACAACUACCUCAUCUACAACUACUACUACUACUACUACAGCUAGUACAACUAGGACUACUACUACCGCUCCGACCACUACUACUGCUAGCACUGCUAGUCCAGUACAGAGGUCUGGAGAUUACAGUGAACGACGAGGACAGAUUCCUGGAAGAACCGGUUCUCAGUCCGUUCCCCCUUAUGGCCGUCGGCCCCUUCAGGGUUCUAACGGGAGAACACGUUCCCCUGUCAUAGCGUCGAACCGGCAAGGCGGGUCUCGGUUCCUCGGCAGGCUGUCACCAGUGCAGCAUACAAAACUAGGAUCUAAGCCUGACUCUUCGUCACCACACUUAUCCUCCUCUUCCUCAUCUUCCUCUUCCUCCUCUCAGUCUUCCCGUGGCCUUCCUAAGCCAUCGCAGGUGUCAGAGCAGGACGUGUCCAACAGCAGGAUUCCCUCCUCUGGUUCCGUCUCGCGUUCCUCGGGCAGGCAGAUUCCUGGGGAGAACCCCCCCAUCAUCUCCUCCGGUUCCCAGCCUUCCUCCCCUGUGGAACGUAGCGCAGUGGUGGGUUCCAGGUUAAGGAACCCGAGCCGCUUCGACAGCAUUCUCAGAGGAAAGACUCCAGUCAACGGCUUCAAGCCCAGUUAUGGACAAGCUGGGAAAAAUGGACGACCAAAUCUAACAACGUCUAAUGGGAAAGUCACCUCACCCUCCUCCUCAGAGAGCAAAGUAAAUGGACGCAAAUACAUCACGGGACCUGACGGAACUAAAUGGGUUGUUGACUUAGACAAGGGUGUCCUGAUGAACCAGGAAGGGAAGGUGCUGCAGGACUCCCAGGGUCAGCCGCACAGGGUUGUGCUCGGAGAGGACGGACGGACAGUGUUUGACUUGCAGGGUACCCCUCUGGUGAACCAGGAUGGCAUGGCCCUCUUUGGACAUGGGAGGGACUCUCGGCCAGUGGUCAACCCCAAGGAGAAGAUCCUCACAGUGGGAGGGAAGCCCGUCGUGGGUUUGGAUAGGCCACGAGCCAGAACCACCACAACCACAACCACCACCACCACUACCACCACUGAAGCCACCACCACCACACCGGAACCAACCACAGUCUCCACGACAACAGAAAUGACAACAGAGGAGUCCAUGACGACAGAGGUCAACCCUACCUGUCCUUCCGGAACUUUCUUUGCCAUGGAUGACCACGGGCAGCCCAUGCUUAAUGAUUACGGAGUGCUGGACUGCUACCCUGAAGAUGAGUUUGUGAUGGAGUCCACCGUGCUGCCCACCACCCAGAACCCCCCAACCACCAGCACCCUUCCAGACCCCUCCCCACACACACGGCCCUUCAACUCCAACCCCGUCUCGGAGAUUGAUCUGGCCGGCAAGAAACGUUUCACAGCGCCGUACGUGAACUACAUCCAAAAGGACCCCGGCUCCCCCUGCUCCCUGACCGAGGCCCUGGAGUACAUGCAGGUGGACGUGCUGGAGGGCCUCUUCAAGAAGGACAGCCCCUUGGCCAAUCAGAACCUGCCCCCCAAGAACAAGCCCCUUAACCUCACUGUCGUCGCCAUGGAGGGCUGUCACUCAUUCGUCAUCCUGGACUGGGACCGCCCCCUUCCGGACGACUCUGUCUCAGGUUACUUGGUCCACAGCGCAUCUUACGACGACGUCCUGAACAACAGGUGGUCAACCAGCCCCUCCGCAGGGACCCAUCUGCCCGUGGAGAACCUCAAACCCAACUCCAGGUACUACUUCAAGAUUCAGGCCAAAAAUGUGUUUGGACUGGGGCCGGUCAGUGAUACUCUGGUCUACGUCACCGAGUCGGAUGAUCCUCUGCUUAUUGAAAGACCCCCAGGUGGUGAGCCAAUCUGGGUCUCUUACAAGUUCCGGUAUAACCCCGCCCACAGCACCUGCAAAGGAAGCCAGUAUGUGAAGCGCACCUGGUACAAGAAGUUUGUGGGCGUGGUCUUAUGCAACUCACUGCGCUACAAGAUCUUUAUGGCAGACGGACUCAAAGACACAUUCUACAGCGUGGCCGACUCCUUUGGCUAUGGGGAGGACCACUGCCAGUUUGUUGACUCCUACCUGGAUGGCCGGACAGGUCCACACAGCCUGUCUACGUACCUGCCAACAGCACAAGGUUACUUCCGUUCAUACAGACAGGAGCCGGUGAACUUUGGCCGCAUUGGUAGGCAAACGCCUCACAACUUCGUCGGCUGGUACGAGUGUGGCGUCCCCAUCCCGGGCAAGUGGUAAAGGAGGGGUCACCACGGGGUCGUCACCACUGGCAACCACCCUCUUGCUGCAUUGCAGAGAGACAUGAACUCUUGCUCACCAUGGCAACCAUAAACAAACAUAUUACUGCUUGUGACAGAGAGAACAUAAUACUUUAAAGUAACACUAAUAUUCCUGCGUAUCCUGUAUCAUGCACUUGAGUUUAGCAGUCUGUAUAUAAGGAAAUGAGAAGCAUGUUAGUCAGCUUGUUACUGCGCUCUUCAGGAGUCCAGGGGUACAUGAGAGAGAAGGACAGUGAUUCCCUAUGGCUUCUGACACCUGACACAAGGGGUCAUUUAUUUGACCAAACACAACUCAUUCACUCUAACUGAAGGGAAGAUCAAAGCACAAACGACGCCUCUGGCAAACGGAAGUCUCGCUCCAAACCAAAGUUUAAAACACGACGAAAGAAAGAACAGCUUGAUGUUUUUCUGUUUUCCUGUUUGGAUGGUAGGAUGGUGUAUUUUAUUUGAUUUUGUUGUUUUGAUUUUGUUCAGAUGUUUUUGCUAACUGGCCAUUUUUAUAUUAUGUGAUGUUUGUAUCAGUGUAUUGAAAGUUGAUGUGGCAGUAUUGGCCAUUUGAGGGCUAAUGGAAACUGACUCAUGAGGUGCUCAGGAAUGGAUCUAACUGAAUAAAGGUGCUAAACAACUAACUGUCACUCCAUCGCAUCCCCGUCCAAUCACACAGAGACUAAUUCAAAUCUCACGUCUGGACGUUACUUACUCAGCCUUCACAGAACUGUAAAUAAGUUUCCUGGUUUAUCAGGCCUGCACACUUCUCAUUUGUUUGUUAAUGAAUUAAAGUGUUUAUUUUUAUUUGGGCUUGGAUUUGGCUUCGCUGUAUCUGCUUCAC